GGUUUCUGAGUCCAAAUUGGGACGACAACAACCACAAUAGGCUAGGAUAUAGAACUAGCUAGGAAGCAAAGCAUCUCACUUUAUUGAUUUGAUCGCCUACCGUAGUCUUAGGCUGAUUAGGCUCACAGUCUCCAUCCUGUUUAAUCGAACUCUACUUUCUACGCAAAACCUCCACGAUUCCCUUUCUACCCUCCAUUGGAUUUGCCUCACUCAAUGUGUCGUUCAGAAGUUCGCUGCUUUUGAAUGCAAACCCUUAUUUAGAUUCAUCUCAAUUCAGUUAACUGAGAUUUGCUUCAACUUCACUCGCUACUACAAGUUCCGAUCAUGAGAGGGAGGAAAUCAAAGCAGCAACAGCAGCACCCACAUCAGACCGAUCAUAUCUCUCCUUUCAAGUUCGCCAAAUUGUUCGAUCCGGAAGCUUCUUGGGACAAGGAUCAAUUAGGUGAUGUAUUACAUUGGAUUCGACAAGUAGUGGCAAUUCUAUGUGGAUUGUUGUGGGGUACCAUUCCAUUAGUUGGGGGACUAUGGAUCAUUCUAUUCCUAGUUAUAUCCUCUGGCAUAGUGUAUGGUUACUAUGCGUUGGUGCUAAAGAUCGAUGAAGAAGAAUUUGGCGGUCAUGGAACUCUCCUACAAGAAGGCAUAUUUGCUUCUUUUACACUCUUUCUGCUUGUUUGGGUCUUGGUGUACAGCUUGGCACAUUUCUGAUUAGCCAGUGGGGAUCUUCCUAAAAGCAGCGAUGAUGCGCUUUAAUUGUGUCUCUAGCUUAUGAACCUUCAAUUUUUUUUGCACUCUACAGCAUGGAAGAGAAAAAUGCUUAGACCUUCUUUUCUUCCAUCAUAGUUUAGAAUAAUCAGAAGAUUUUUAUUUUUUUUAUGUAGACACUCUUUUACCUGUUCUCUGAAACAUAUUCAGGUUUAUACUUCAAUAUUUGAGGCAUAGAGUUCCUUGUUGGACUAGUUUAUAAGUCUAUCUGUUCUCUAUUUGAUA